UGCCGGGGACCCGCAGGGCCGCCGCCUCAGUCUCGGCCGCCGCGCCGCCGCCUCUCCCGGGCCCGGCCCGGCGGGCGCUCGGAGCGUGAGGGCGCGGGCUGCUCCCUCAGUAGCGGGGGCGAGCGGAGGCCGGGGUGCGGGCGGCUAAGAUGAGUGAAAGGAGAAGAUCUGCAGUCGCCCUGAGCUCGCGAGCACAUGCCUUCUCCGUUGAAGCCUUGAUCGGCUCAAAUAAAAAGCGGAAACUGCGAGACUGGGAGGAGAAGGGGUUGGACCUGUCCAUGGAGGCGCUGAGCCCCGCGGGCCCACUCGGAGACGCGGAGGACGCGGCCGCGCACGGCCUGGAGCCUCACCCGGAUUCCGAGCAGAGCACCGGUUCAGACUCUGAGGUGCUCACUGAGCGGACUUCCUGCUCCUUUGACACUCACACUGACCUGGGCCCUGGUGCUGCAGGCCCUGUGCCUGCCGCCAUGUCUUCCAUGGAAGAGAUUCAGGUGGAGCUGCAAUGUGCUGACCUAUGGAAGCGGUUCCAUGACAUUGGAACUGAGAUGAUCAUCACCAAAGCAGGCAGGAGGAUGUUUCCUGCCAUGAGAGUAAAAAUCACUGGCCUGGACCCACACCAGCAAUACUACAUAGCAAUGGACAUUGUGCCUGUGGACAAUAAAAGAUACAGAUAUGUGUACCACAGCUCCAAGUGGAUGGUGGCUGGCAAUGCGGACUCCCCUGUGCCCCCAAGAGUUUAUAUACACCCUGAUUCUCUAGCUUCUGGAGACACUUGGAUGAGACAGGUGGUCAGUUUCGACAAACUCAAGCUGACCAACAAUGAAUUGGAUGAUCAAGGACAUAUCAUUCUGCACUCUAUGCACAAAUACCAGCCUCGAGUUCACGUGAUCCGCAAGGAUUUCAGCAGUGACCUGUCGCCCACCAAACCUGUCCCUGUUGGGGAUGGAGUGAAAACAUUCAACUUUCCUGAGACCGUGUUCACCACAGUCACAGCCUACCAGAACCAGCAGAUCACCAGAUUAAAAAUCGAUCGAAACCCUUUUGCUAAAGGAUUCAGAGAUUCUGGAAGAAACAGGACCGGACUGGAAGCCAUCAUGGAGACUUACGCGUUCUGGAGACCCCCUGUGCGCACACUCACCUUUGAGGAUUUCACCACCAUGCAAAAGCAGCAAGGGGGCAGCACAGGCACUUCCCCGACCACCUCCAGCACUGGGACACCAUCGCCUUCAGCUUCUUCUCACCUUUUGUCUCCAUCCUGUUCUCCUCCAACAUUUCACCUGGCCCCCAACACUUUCAACGUGGGCUGUCGAGAGAGCCAGCUGUGCAAUCUAAACCUCUCUGAUUAUCCACCAUGUGCCCGAAGCAACAUGGCUGCCUUGCAGAGCUACCCGGGGCUGAGUGACAGUGGCUACAACAGGCUCCAGAGUGGCACUGCUUCAGCCACUCAGCCCUCCGAAACCUUCAUGCCUCAGAGGACUCCAUCCCUGAUCUCAGGAAUACCGACUCCUCCCUCGUUGCCUAGCAACAGCAAGAUGGAAGCCUACGGUGGCCAGCUGGGGUCCUUCCCCACUUCCCAGUUCCAGUAUGUCAUGCAGGCCGGCAAUGCAGCCUCGAGCUCCUCCUCACCACACAUGUUCGGGGGCAGCCACAUGCAGCAGAGCUCCUAUAACGCCUUCUCUCUCCACAACCCUUACAAUCUGUACGGAUACAAUUUCCCCACUUCUCCGAGGCUAGCCGCCAGCCCGGAAAAACUGAGCGCCUCUCAAAGCACUUUACUCUGUUCUUCUCCUUCCAAUGGGGCCUUUGGAGAGAGGCAGUACCUGCCCACGGGGAUGGAGCACAGCAUGCACAUGAUUAGCCCUUCGCCCAACAACCAGCAGGCGACUAACACCUGUGACGGCCGGCAGUACGGGGCGGUCCCAGGCUCCUCCUCCCAGAUGUCCGUGCACAUGGUUUAAUGGCCAGGCCGAACAGCACGGAGCCGGGGCCCCAGUCUCCACGGGCAGAUCCUCCUCUUUGGGAGCCCAACGCCUUUGAAAAACGGGAACUGUGUAUUCUUUCUUCUUUUUUCUUUUUUUUCUGGAGGAGGAAAGCACAUCCCGAAGAAGAACAAAAGACCUUUAAGCCACUGAAGGAUACUUAACCGUGUGGAAUCAUCUCCGACUCAGUGGCCAUUCUCCUGCCUUCCCAAACCUUAGUUUUAUAAAGCAUUGUCUACUCUAGAGUGGCCUUUGAAGAAACUGAAUUAUCAUUUUAUAAUAAUGUUAAGGGAGAUGCUAGCAUGUAGCAGCCAUAAAAAGUUACCCCCACACAAAUACAGACCUACCUAUACGUACACACAUACGUACAUACAUGCGUGCAUGCAUGCACACACACACACACACAUACAUAUUCGCACACAAACUUACCUACAGCGAUACACACACACAGACUUGGAACUGGGCGAACUCUGUGGAGGGGGGCCCAGGUGGGUGCUUUCACCAAGAAUCGGUCUAUGUACAACGCUAGAUGGACUGGGCCAGCAGUAGCUGCCAACCUUUCCCCCCUGCAGCUUACCCUGUUUCUGGAAUGAACCAUGUAUCCUGGAACCCCUCCCAUCCACAAGGGUGGACAGACACCACCACUACAACUGGACUUGGCUUCCUGAAAAAGAUGGCUUUUGAACUUUGGCUCUCCUCACUCUGUGUUCGAUCGCUGACGUUCCCAGUGGUACCUGUGAAAAGGGAGUAAGAGUAGCCGAAUGAGAAAGGAGAAGGAGUAGUGGGCAAGAGAGAGGCGGAGAGCGAGACUGAGAGAGGAAGUGUGAGCAAUGGUGAGAGUGACAACGCACCGAGGAGAUUGGUUUGGGGUCGUUUCUCCCCCUCCCCCCUACAGGUGAUAGAAUCAUGGCGUUACCGAGGAGUAAGCCUCUCUGGGACACUGUGCAGAGUCAGGGCACCGGAGAGAGGACCCGGGCAAGGAAUGCACUUGGAUCCCACAGCUCUGACCAGCAUGAUCCAGAAGAGGGGUGCGCUGCCUGGGAAGUGCCCAUUCCAGAGCGCGAAGCCUGGCGGGGGAGGGGGAACAGGAGUGUGAAGAAGGAAGGGUGUUAUAAGCCCGACAGAUGAUACCAAGAGCAGAGGCGACAAAUCGAGGCCUGGCCGUCUGCAUGCCAGAUCCAGACACCUGACCUGGAUUGCCUGCCCCGCAGCCCCCGGGGCAGGAGAAAUCCAGUCACGUUCCAGGGAAUUACAGAUGGGCCUUUCUGCAUCCUUCCACCUGCCCUUAGGUCUCCAUUUUUAUCAAAUAGUUUAUUGCAUUUUGAAGUUUGGGUUUUUUUCCUUCAUCUUUCCCUUUCCCCUCAAAUCCUUUAAUGUUAAGAAAACAAGUAAAGUUUGGUGCAAGCUAAACUUUUUAAGUGGUGUGGAAAUGCAAAUAAUACCAAGUAAUACAGAUAUUAUUAAGAUUUUUGGUUUUGAGGUGUUGUAGAUAAAUGUAUUUAUGUGCCUAGUGGGGAAUCCAAUAUUAUGAAUAUUAAAAAAGGGGGCAAUAAAAAGGGUAUGUAAAAUAUGUAUGAAGUAAAGGUGUAUAAAAAAUUUGCCCUUAUGCACGGAACUGUUUCUAAGUGCCAAGCACAGAAAGCCGCUAAAUAAAAUCUUUGCAAUUGUU